AUGAAUCUUCUAGAAUGGGCGUUUGGAAAGCGAAUGACACCGGCGGAGCGUCUGCGCAAGAAUCAGCGUAUGCUGGACAAGGCCAUCCGCGAGCUGGAUCAGACACGCGUCAAGCUCGAGAAGCAGGAGAAGACGCUGAUCCAGCAGAUCAAGACGAGCGCCAAGAAUGGGCAGAUGGGGGCUUGCAAGAUCCAGGCAAAGGAUCUGGUCCGCACGAGGCGCUACGUCGAGAAGUUUUACGGAAUGAGGAGCCAGCUGCAAAAGAUUUCGCUGCGUCUUCAGAUGAUGCAGGCCAUGAAGGGUGCCACCAUGGCCCUCGGCAGCAUGAACAAGUCGAUGAACCUCCCCCAGCUUCAGCGGAUAGCCAUGGAAUUUGAGAGGGAAAACGACAUUAUGGACCAGAGGCAGGAGAUGAUGGACGACGCCGUCGACGAUGCCAUGGAUGUUGGUGUCGAGGAGGAAGGAGACGAGGUGGUGGACCAGGUUCUCGAGGAAAUUGGCAUCGACUUUAACCAGCAGCUCGGCGAAACUCCCACGACGAUAGGACACGAGGCACAGGCCGAAAGCAGAAUUGCCCAGGCCGUGGGUGGAGGCGGCGGCGGUGACGGCCCCGGCGGCGGUGAUCCCGUCGACGACGAUCUUCAGGCUCGCCUGGAUAGUCUGAGGAAGUGA